AUGUCAUCAUCAUUUAAGAUACCCCCAUCUCAAAAACGGAGCAGCAUCUAUUACAUUCGGAAUGAAACAAACGGACUCCGAGAUUCACCACCUAAUUCGUCUGGAAUCCAUGAACCAAAAUCGGCACCUUUAGCUCGACCACCCACUUGGGAGAGAAAAGACUCGAUAAGGUCAGGAUCCGUGCGAUCAUUCAGCACCUCGGCCUCCCGUAGGUUGUCUCGCAUUAGUACCUCGGAGAGUAAGCAAGAACAUACGAGGCAGUCGCAAACGCCGAAUCGUCUUUCCUCUGUGACAUCACAUCACUCUGCUACAAGCCUCUCGAUACCCCCACGUCCUUCGACAGGAUUGUCUGAAAAAGCACCAGUACUUCAAGAUGCUUCCCUCAGCUUAGCACAUGACUCCUCCCCAGCCCGGGCUGAUACGCCCCCUCAUUCUAGUACUCCUCGGCCCACACUGUUAUUCGCUAUCGCAAGCGAUGAUCCCAAAGCGGUUGAAAGAGUCCUCGAACAUGGCGACGAUGAAUCAAAAGGUCUUAUCGAUGCCAACGACACAAUCGGACCCCAGGCUCAGUCAGCCCUUGAAUUCACGCUGGAGAACGAAGGCUUGAAAAAUAAACUUGGUAUCGUCAAGAAACUUCUGGGAUAUGGUGCUGAUCCUAGUAAAGCAAAGCUGAAUGACAGCACGAGCAAUGAUGACGCCGAAUUGGAUCCUGCAACCAGAUAUUACUUGAACAGGGCUGAUACCGCAACAACACGGCGUAUAGAUGCUCUCAUGAAACGUUCAGUCUUUCGACCAUUGGUUCGCAUGAGAUUUGGGAUAAUCGGGCAGGACAGAGCGUUAGAACAACUCUAUCGUGUGCUGAGUAUUCACUCGGAAAAAAUAUCAAAGUCCCCGGUCGUCGUUUUUCUAUGUGGACCAAGUGGACACGGGAAAAGCAUGUUAGCGCAUCAAUUCGGUUCACUCCUCGAAGUUCCAAUCCACACUGUGAAUAUGACUACUCUACGUUCCGCUGAUGACAUCUGGCGGUCCUAUUCUAUUAGUUCUGAUGAGGACGCUACUCCAUGCACGUUAGUCGAGUUCUUAGCCAACAACGAAGGCAAACGAUGCGUUGUGGUCCUUGAUGAAAUUGAAAAGACAGAAAGCAAGGCGCUGUGGUCGUUACUGGUUCCAUGGGAACUAGGUCGCUGUACGUUCGAAGCUAAUUCACGAACCAUAGACGUUCGAAACGUCAUAUGGGUCGGCACCUCGAAUAUUGGAAAUGCCUUGAUUCUUGACUAUCAUAAAUCUCUACAACGGCCUGAAGAAAUGCUUACUCGUAAUGAAUAUGUCGAGCUCAUGGGAACCCUCCGACCGCACGUUUCAGACCAGCUCGGUGCUUCAGUCCUCUCUCGUGUCUCUGCCAUUUUACCUUUCGUCCCCUUCACGACGGCAGAGAAGAGAGCCAUAGCUUCUGAAUUUCUACAGGAAAGCGCUGCCGAACAUCUAGUCCAAGAGCUGUCCAGGGAGCAAAGGGAGAGGGUGGUAGAAGAUUCGCUAGAGGAUUUUGUCCCUUCAGAAGGGGCAAGAUCGUUGUAUAGGGCUGUCUCAAACCUGCUUAUUGAUUCGAUGGACUUUUGA